AGUUCGCUUCGGUUUGUAUCUUGGUUUAGUCAUUCUUAGUCGUUUGUUUGGACCGGUAUGAUGUUUUAAGACUUUGUUGAUCGAAAUUUAGUGUCUACGGUUGUGUUUAUAUUUUGUAGGUGGUAGAUAUAUAUCUGUAGUGUUGACGUCUAGUUGAUUUAACUUGUUUAAAAAUGGGUAGAUGACUGGAAAAAGAUCGAGAAGCUUUAAAUGUGCCGUCCAUCAUCGAGAUCGCGAAGUUUCGUCAGAAAACGACUUCCAUCUACUUCUUGUGGAACCGCCAUUAUUUCGCAGGAUGGUUACUAUAGUCGCGAAUGAAUUUCUGACAGAUGACAGAGAUAGAAAAUAUUAUGCCGACCAUUACACUUGUUGUCCACCACCGAUUUUUAUAUUAGUUAUUACUUUAGCCGAGUUGGGAUUCUACUUAUACUAUUACUUCACAACAGGAGAGCUGAAUCCGAGUGGAUCAGUACUAGUAGAUUCGAUAUUUAUAUACAGACCAGAUAAAAGAAUUGAGGUAUGGAGGUUCCUCUUGUAUAUGCUAUUACAUGCUGGAUGGCUCCAUCUCGGUUUCAACUUGGUAGUUCAACUUUUAGUGGGCCUGCCCUUGGAGAUGGUCCACGGUUCGGGGAGAGUAGCGCUUAUUUACAUGGCUGGCGUUGUGGCCGGUUCUUUGGGAACGUCUGUUUUUGAUAAUGACGUUUAUUUAGUUGGAGCCUCUGGGGGAGUUUACGCACUCCUCGCUGCACAUUUAGCUAAUGUUUUGCUCAAUUAUAAUAAUAUGCAAUGUGGCAUAUUGAGAUUAUUCGGAAUUUUCGCCAUUGCAUCUUGUGAUGUCGGUUACGCAAUUUACUCAAGAUAUGAUGCAAUGGGCUUACCAGUGUCGUAUGUAGCUCAUUUGACAGGAGCUCUUGCAGGAUUAACAAUCGGUCUGUUAGUACUGAAAAAUUUCGAACAAAAAUUACACGAACAACUCCUAUGGUGGGUGGCCUUAGGAGUGUACGCAGCCUGUACCAUUUUCGCCAUUUUGUUCAACGUUAUGAACAGAACUGAAGAUGCCAGUGAAAAUUUAGGAGAUGGAGUAAAUAGUCAUUAUGUAAUGUAUAACAAAUGGGGGGUGUAACACUUAAUCCGUUAUACUAUAGAGUACAAUUUAGCUAUUUGACGAUUAAAUAUGAACAAACAAGGUAAUUUCUAGGUACCUGCACUGUUUUAAUAUAAUAAUGGUUCUAUUUAGGUAGAAUUUUUAAUAUUUACAUCACUAUUGUUAAAGAUUGUUAAUUUAUAAUCUAAGGUACACAAACACCAUUUAGGAUAUUAUGUCAUAAUUGCUUAAAAUUUAUAACAUAAUAUUUGUUAUUAAUAGAUAUAAAAUAGUGGAUUUUUUUUAAAUUGGGUCAUUUAUUGAAGUAAGAAGUACGUCACUUCCACUAUUCGUUUACACAUAUCUAAAAACUUGAUUAGGAAUAUGUCAUCUUGUAAACGCUUUCCUUUUUUUCGAAUAGCUAUUUGUACUCUUUUCGAAAAUAUGUCGUAUUACAAGAGAAUUACUGCAUUGUAAUCAAAAUAACUCAUCUUUUUGUUAAUGAAUGUUGGUCGUUCUUACUGUUUACUUUUUUAUUUUCCAUUUUUCUACCAUAUGGCAUUUGAAGAAAAAUGUUGUUUAAAAUAUUAUUAGUGAAAAAUCGAGAUGUUCAAAUUAAAACUGUGUAUAGCUUAUCUGAUCAAAUCGAGAUACAAAAUUGAUAUUGAACUAUAUUAUUUGACCUUCAUUCACAAUUUGUGCUCACCUUCCUCUUUUACAUCCUCAUAUGUUUUGAUUUUUAUGUGGUUUAGUUCUGCCUUACCGAAUACUACUAACUAGUCUGUUGUUGAUCACUGAUUUGGUCCACAUAAUUUUUUAUCUAAACAUAUUUUUUAUCAAUAGUGUUCUGGAUUUUUAUAUUAUUUUUUUGUAUUAUGUUCUAAUUUCUUAUUGCAGUUAUCAUUUCGAUCAAUAUUCGAUCACUAAUUUCCAUGCUAGUUCACAAUUGCUUCUUGUACAUAUUGUUUACAUGUUAUUUUUAGAUAUUUAUGCAUUUUUUCGCUUAAUAUUGAGAAAUUGAUGCAAAUUUUCUUCUUCUAGUAAUUUUUUUUCAAUAGCUAUCACUAAUUUUCAUGCUAUUAUACGGUUGCUUUUUGUAUCUACUCUUUACAUGUCAUGUUUUCGAUAUUUCCCUCAUUAUAAUGUAUAAAAAACAUUUUUUUCUCUGAAUAUAAAAAAAAUGAUGAAAAUUUUCUUGUGGUAUUUUUUCUUCAACGACAAUUACUAAUUUCUAUGUCGUCUUGUUUAUGUUAUCAUCAUUUCCUUCAAUUUUCUUCAAUAGCAGUCACUAAUUUGCCAGCUAUUUCACAGUUUUCUUUUUAUAUCUGUUAAUUUCAUGUCAUGCUUUAGGUAUUUUCCUCAUUAUAAUGUAUUAAAUGCAUUGUUUCUCAUAAUACAAAAAAAUUGAUGCCAAUUUUUUUCAUAAUCCAAAAAAAUUGAUGAAAACUUACAAAAUUUUUCUUGGGAGCCAAUUUCAUUCGAUUUUUUUCAAUACAAAACAAUAAUUUCCAUGCUGUUCCAAAAUUUCUUACUGUACCUAUUCAUUUCAUGUCAUAUUUUAGGUAUUGUAUAAUAUAUUAUUGUAAAAAUGCAUUGAUUUUCUUGAUAUAAAAAAUUUUUCAAAUGUUAAUUUGAUUUCUCAACAUAUUUACCAAAAAUCUUGUGCUUCAAAUAAUAUACAACAGAGACACUUCCAACUGGAUAUUAAAAGUAAUGGCAAUAUUACAGAAAAUUUCAUGAAACAAAAAGAUUUAGUUUUCUUUUAGUUUUUGUUUAUUAGGGUGGAUCAGAAAUAUUCAAUAACUUUUUUUAACGGAAAAAUUGGUUGCUAAACACCUAAAAAAAUUUUUACUAAAUAUGAGCUCUUAAUUUGAUUAGGAAUAUCCCCCCAUCGCAGUUUUCCAUUUAUUCUCAAUUUAAUAUAAAAAAAGUUAUACUUCAUCAUAGAUUGAUUGUACAGAAAUGUUCUUGAGGAAUUUCGCAGGAAAUUUAAUGCUCUACAAAAAAGUUAUCUAAUAUUUUUUCCGUAAACUUCACACAAUAGCUAGAAAAUUAUGUGCUUUUGAAGGUACAAUAUGUAUGCAACGCUAAAAGAAUAAAAUCCCUUCAUUUAGUGCUGUGAAAAAUUAUGUCCCUGGAGACAGUUCUAUCCAAAGAGUUAUUUUUGAAAAUUAAAAGUGUAACUGAAAAGAUUAAGGUUAUAAGAUAUAUUUUGCAAUACAUUUCCCAGGUAAUUUUAUUUCGAGCACAGUUGCAAGUCUAGGUCCUCUUCAGAACAUUCAGAGUUUGGUUCAUAAUUAUGAUAUCUGUUGGAGUCAUCUAAAUCUUUGUUUGGUGAGAAUUUUUUUUCUGUGUCACUUGUUAAAAAAGUUAUCGAAUAUUUUUAACCCACCCUAUUGUUUAUAAAGCUAAUCUUUUUACUACCAAUGAAUUAGUUCAUAUAAUCCAUGAUCAAGGUUAUCUUUAAAAAUCUGUAUCAUUAAUAGUAACCUUCAAUUAAUUUCUAUGCUUUUUUGUAAGUUCUUUUUGAUUUAUUUCCUCUUUAAUCGUUCACUGUUAUGUAUAAAAUUCUAUCAAUAUAAUUCAAUAUAUUUACUGAAAAUCUUGAACUACAAAUAAUUGCCAAAAUAAGAUUAACUGCGGAUAUAAACACUAUUUUCUACCACUACAACAAAACUCUCACAACUGCACUGUCUGGUCUUUCGAGCCUUCCAUGGUUCUAUCCGGCUCGAAGGACCAGACAGAGUAAUUGUGUAGUAUUAUGUUCCGAAUUGCAGAAAUUUCAAAAAAAUAUAUUUGUGUCUCUGAUUGUGUAUAUACACAAUAUGUUGUUAAAUUGUGAGUGUAUUGUACUGAUUUUUAUGUCAUUAGUAUUGUCAUAAUGGUCAAAUAAUCAUUGUGCUUUUUGUAUAGGUUUUUGUUAGAAGAAUUUUGUGAAUGAGUAUGUUUGUGUUUAUACUAUUUAUGUACAUAAUUUAUUUAUUUCUAAUAUCAAGCCAAAGACUGAGUUGGAUAAAAGUUGUUUAGAAUAGAGUUUAUAAUAGAAGUUAUUGUCAAUAUUGUGUCAACUUUUUAGUACUUACCCCGUGGCUUAAGUAACCUGUAGCUAUCAUUUUUUUUGCUAUAUAGAAUUUAGUUCUUCAGAAAGUAAAAGUUUUCAACUGAAUUGUAUUCAUAUCUUGCUAUCUUGGUACAAAAAUUGCAAGUUGUAUGAAUAUUAUUAUUUAUUUGAAAACUUUAGUACCUUUCAUUAAUUUCGAUGUUAAAAUACCUUGAACGGUGUUUUUAUUUUCUCUUAGAUACUCACCUGUCUGAUGUAGUUGUUAUUAAAGUCUUUAACAAGUGAAAAAUGUCUUACUAUUGUCAUUUAUUUAUAAAUAUAAUGUUAUAAUUGACAAUAACUUCUAUUAUAGUAUAUAUAGUAAGUUCACUGUAUUACCUCCAAGCUGAAGAUGAUAUUUAUAUCGAAAAAAAUACUGAUAGGUUUUUAACUACAAUUAGUAGCUUCUUUAGCUUGGAAUAAAAUAUUUUUACUUGCACCAAAUAAGUAACAACUAUUGCCUUAAAACACGUUUUUUUAUAUUAAUAGCCUACAAUUCCAAAUUAGCAAAGAUACAUCGAUUAGGAAGUCUCUGGUCUAGCAAAAGAAAACAAGUUUUUUCAGUUAUAUUUCGUUUUAUUCAUGAAAACAGUUUCCAGUGAUCCUGUACAACUUUUAGAAUUAUUUUUUUCUUUGUUCCCAAAAAGGUUUCUGUUUCAAAUUAUUCAUAUUUUUCUCUUUGGAACAUUUAUUGAGUCUGAAAAGAACCACUAUUCGCUGGGAAGUACAUCUGGAGCAUACGGUUAGUACAAAAAAAUGAUGUUAAUUUAUUAAUUUUAAUUAUAAUUUUACAUGUUCUAUUGUCUCUGUAAAUAUAAAAAUUUGUUUCUUUCUACAUAUGAGGCGUUUCUUUGUGGUUUUCUUCUUUGUUCGGUCAAAUAAUGUUCAGUAAUAGUCAGGAAACGAGGUACCAAUUCAGAAAUAGAUUCUUCAUGCUCACAUCAUUUUAUUUGGACAUUUGAACGUGCAAACAUAUCCAUAAGGCAACUAUGUGGUGUUUUCUACUUCUUUAAAUUUUAUUCUGUUGUCUUCACUCUAAAUAAAUUACUAGUUUCUGGGAAAGUACAUCUGAAGAUUAUGCUUGAUAUCGAAACAAUUUGAAGUUAAUUUAUUGAUUUUAAUCAUCAUUUCACUUGGUGCUUUUUCAUUGUACAUCAGAAUUUACACUUAAUAUGGAAACAAUUUGAGGUUAAUUUAUUAAUUUCAAUCAUCAUUUCACAUGGUGCAUUUUCUUUAUUUAUUAAAAAUUUUUCUUCUUUUUGCAUGAGGUGUUUCUUUGUGGUUUUCUUCUCCAUGCUGUCAAAUAACCUACAUGAGCAUUUGAACAUGAAAAAUCUUAUAUCAAAUGAUGAUAACUUUGGGAAGUCUUAAUUUCACUGCUAUUUUUGGAACUUUUUUAAAAUUUUUGAUUUUCAUAAAAAAGAGUCACUAUAAUAUUUUUCACUCUACGGUAUUUUGUUCAGUAAGAAACAACAAUGAUUUAUAAUCUUUUGUUUAAAAAAAUUAUGAAACUAAAAAAAUGACAGUUUUCCUUUGAAUGACUAUAAUUCAAAGGAGUAUAAAAAUAUGUAAUUAGUGGUAACCCAGAUCCUUCAGACAGAGUAUGUCCAAUCAGAGUAGAGAAGAAUUAAUUCUUUCUUUCGCUGUUUUUAUCACUAUUGUAACAGUUCUAUUUCUUAUCUUUAUUUGUUGUGAUUAUUUUGCGAGUAGAUUCUUCCAAUUUUUGGAUAUAAGCAGGUCAAAUAGAUCCAAACACUCAUAUCUGAAUUAUGUAGAAUAGUAUUGUCAUGCUAUUAUAAAUAACAAUGAACAAGUGGCACUAUUCAACUGCAUUUUUGGUUUCAAGAUAUGUUUCACUAUUAAUUUGUUGAAAUUCAAUAUUGUACUGAUUUAUCGAAUUAAUCAUAUCUUAAUAUCCAAUUAACAUUGUUAUAGGAUAAAAUAUUUAUUUGAAUAAACUAUUAAUAAAGCACAACAAAAAGAAACAAUGGAAGAAGAAAUACUUUACUACUAAAACACCAGAACUAUUUAUUUAACGUAACAUUUAUUGAUAAAAGAACAUUUUAAUUACUAUUUCCCGUUGUUAUUAUACACUACCAGUCAAAAUUUUUUACCCACUCAAAAGUUUACGUGAAAAACAACAAAUAAAAAUAAUAUUUGUUCUACUUCAUUCGUUUUUCAAGAUAUUCCAAAGAUUUGAAGUGGAAGCAGGAAACCUAUUUCCGGCUUCCCUGUCCAAUUUCUCCCAUCAAAUCAAUCAGGUUGAGGUCGGGCGAUUGUGAUGACCAAAUUAUUACUUCCAGUACAUUAUUCCUUUCAAAUUGUCAUGAUGGAGGAUACGUUUUCUGCCUAUCAGAAGCUGAGCAGAACGUACUGCAUUUUCAUUUAAUAUUUUUUUAGUACUCUUUCUUCACAAUUUCUUUCAUUUUUAAUAGGUUUUAUUACUCUCUCAUAAUAAAAAAAAUCGUGUUUUAAUGUAUAGUCUAUAUUGUGUAAGUUAAACCACUGUUUUCAGUGAUACAAUAACUAGUCAUAUAAUUUAAAAUAAGCAAAGCUUACCAAAGAAAGUGCUAGUUAAUUAAUAUUUACCCAGUUGAAACUACAAAAAUUGCCUUAUUAAGGUAGAAUACCACUAUCGCAAAGAAAUAUUGUAUUUUUAUACUCAGGUAGAAACAGUGUUGUUUAGAAAUAGUUUUUAUAACUAUUCAAAUGUCUUCACAAAUGUUCAAUUUUUGUUUUAAACACCGUUGCUGUUAUGCUUUGGCAACUGUUUUGUAACAAAAAGCAAAAAUUAAAAGUGAUUUUAAAAUUAAGUGUAUUUUUAUUGAAACUCUAAAUGACGGAAUGAUUUUUAUCAUGCUUACAUAUUUGGAAUAUUUCUACGAGGGCCGUUUUUUUUUUCAACCUCCGAUAGGCUGUAAAUAAAAGACAAAUCUAUAUAAAACAAUAAUUUUAUUACUAAAAGAUUGGUACGGUUACUUUUCGACAUAAUCACUGAAGAGAUUGCGACUUUUGUCAUAUCUGUGGACAAGCUUUUCAAUACCCUCUUCAAAGAAAGUUGCCGCCAAUGAAUUCAAGUAGAGUAUAAAACAGAUCUUGAAACUUCUAGAAAUCUUAAAACUUUCAACACCAUCACUCAUGAAGUUUUCCUCAUACACACGACUCAUUCUCCGAUGGAUUUCUGCAACACUAUAGUCUUCAGCCUGUAGAAAACGAAUCACACAUCGCAAUUCACACUUUGCGGGAGCAUCAAUAAUGGCGGACAUGUUUACGUGGUUGUAGCACAACGCCGACUGACGCCUGAAUGUCAACAAUGACGGAGUGUGUAAUGCGAGAGCUUCGCAGUCGUCUACACCGCUUGUCCGCUUUUUUCUGUCCGCCUAGCGUAUGUACGGAGCGAUUGGAUGUUGAUAAAAAAACGGCCCUCGUAUAUGAACAGUUUAAACGGAAAUGUCCCACUAUUAACCUUUUCACUUCAUAAAUCAUUUCUGAAAUCCAUUAUGGGACUAACUUUAUCAGUUGCAGCAGUCAAAUGUUGAAAACCUACUAAAAUUGGGCAAAGCCGGGAAAGCUUCACUGGCCUGACUAUAGAAGAGCGCCCCAGUGAAAAGCUUCCACUUAUAAAAACUGUCUAUAUCGACGUUUAUCGUUUAAUCGAUCAUCUGUUAUGUGAGUGCUCCUAUCGUGAAGUGAGAAACGACGUUUAAACCUGUGAGGAGAGUUAGCUAGUUAACUAAGGUUCCAAAUGGUACGAAAUGUAGGGUAACACCAUGAGCCUCAAGCCUACAAGUGAUCCCCAACCAAUCUAGAUCGAGCAUACCCGUACUAACCUAACCUAGAUAAUAAAUCAUGUUUAGAAUAUAUAGAGUAGUGGUUCAACAAACCAUGAAAAGUAAGAAGACCAUUGGUAUGAUCACUCGACAUUGUACUGUUAAACCAAGACUUCAAAAAUAGGGAGUGACACUGUACAACUAUUACAAAGAGUAUAGGAAAAAAGAAGAGACCAUAGAGUAUCUGCUCUAUCUUGAAGUGAGAAACGACUUUGAAACAUGGGAGGAUAAUUAGCUAGGUAACUAAGUUUCCAAACGGUUCGAAAUGUAGGGUAACACCAUGGGCCUCAAGCCUACGAGUGAUCCCCAACCAAUCUAGAUCGAGAAUACCUGUACUAACCUAACCUAGAUAAUAAAUCAUGUUUAGAAUAUAUAGAGUAGUGCUUUAACAAACCACAGAAAGUAAGAAGACCAUUGAAGUGAAUACUCGACAUUAUACUGUUAGCACAAUACUCCAAAAACGUCACAACUGUUGAAAAGAGUGUAGCAAAGAAGAAGAGACCAUAGAGUAUCUUCUCUAACAGUGCUCUAUCGGUUAGCUAGUUAAGUUUCCAAAUGGUGAAAAAUGUAGGUUAACACAAUGGGCCUCAGGCCUCCAAGUGAACCACGACCAAUCUUGAUCGAACAUACCCGUACUAACAUAACCUAGAUGAGAAAUCAUGCUAAGAAUAUAUAGAGUAGUGCUUCAACAAACCAUGGAAAGUAGGCAAACAUGUUGAUAGUAGCGUUGUGGGCGUCCAAGGAUCGUUAAGCACAUGGGCCUUCUCAUAGGCUCACCAUGCCCCAAUUGAUAUUACCAAAGGCCAAAAUCCUUUGAGAAGGCAAUUAGGCGCUA